UUAAACGUUGAUUGCAAAAAAUACUAUCCACUUCUGCGAUGCAACAGCAAUAAUUAAAAUAAAGACAUAUUGUAUGAAUAAACUUAACUGAUUUUUUUUAAUUCUCAUCAAAUACAAAAUUACCUGUUGGUAUUAUCAGUUUUCAAAAUGUCGCAGGAUGAACCAAGCAAUGUCAAUGUAAAUGAUUUACAAGACCUUAAGGAUCGUAUGAAACUAAUAGUUGAGGCAGAUCCUAAGCAAUAUCACAACGACUUUUCAUUGAAGAGAUACUUACGGGCUUUCAAAAAUGUAGACUCUGCUUUUCAAGCUAUUUUAAAAACAAACAAAUGGCGAGACCAAUAUGGAGUAAGCACGCUAGGGGAUUCAGAUGCUAUAAAAAUACAUGGAAAUAAAGCGCGAGUUUUACGUCACCGUGACUGCAUUGGUCGUCCCGUCAUUUAUAUACCCGCGAAAAAUCACAACUCAAACGACCGUGACAUUGACGAAUUGACCAAGUUCAUAGUAUACUGCUUGGAAGAAGCAUGUAAAAAAUGCUUUGAGGAAGUCGUAGAUAGUUUAUGCAUUGUUUUCGAUUUAUCCGGGUUCAGUACUGCAUGUAUGGAUUAUCAGUUGGUGAAAAAUUUGAUAUGGCUGCUAAGCAAACAUUACCCUGAGCGUUUAGGUGUAUGUUUGAUUAUAAACGCACCUGGUAUAUUUUCUACCAUAUGGCCAGUUAUAAGACAGUGGCUCGAUGAAAAUACAGCAAAGAAAGUAGUUUUUGUGGAUAAUGAGAUUGAUUUGUGCAAACAUUUAAUACCAGAUAUCUUACCCACUGAUAUGUAAUCCAGAUUACAGUUUGCAAAAAUGUAACAUACGGACAUAAUGAAAGUACCUCCAAAACGAUUUAUGUAUUAUGAAACAAACAUACAAAUUUUAAACAACAUUAAAACAUUAAUCCAGUGUAAUUGUAUAUGUAAACCUUAGUAGAUAAAUAAUCCCAAUGAUUUAUAGUAUUUGUGCAGUUAGAAAUAGAAAUCACAUAUGUAUAUACAUACAUACAUACACAUAUUGUGGGUGCAACAUCUAUCAACUGUUAUGUUUAUGAACAUUCAACUGUCAAAUAAUUAAUUAAUAAACAAUGGUUAUGAGUGUUAUAAA